UGCAGCGGCGCGCGGACGGGCUCACGCGCUCCCUACUCUCAGUGUGCGGGCAGCCGCGCGGCGUCGUUCUCGUCCUCGGUGCGGGCAGCUUCGCCAUGCUGGAGAGCGGAGGGAAGGUGCUCAAGGAGGGGCUCAUGGAGAAGCGCAGCGACGGCUUGCUCCAGCUGUGGAAGAAGAAGCACUGCGUGCUCACGGAAGAGGGGCUCCUGCUGCGCCCCCCGAAGCAGCACGACCUCCAGCAGCAGCAGCAGCAGCAGCCGCCGCAGCAGCUCAGGGAGCCCGGCUGCAGCAGGGUCAAGGAGUUGCACUUCUCCAACAUGAAGACCGUGGACUGCGUGGAAAGGAAGGGCAAGUACGUGUACUUCACCGUGGUCAUGUCGGAGGGCAAGGAGAUCGACUUCAGGUGCCCGCAGGACGAGGGCUGGAACGCCGAGAUCACGCUGCGCAUGGUGCAGUACAAGAACCGGCAGGCGAUCCUAGCCGUGCGCUCCACGCGCCAGAAGCAGCAGCUCCUCGUGGUGCCGCUCCCGGGCCACCGGACAGCAGCAGCAGGCGGGAACGCGCACGCGCUGCCCUGAGCUGCGCGAGCGAGGGAGCCGCACCGGCCGGGUUAAUGGAACCCAUGCCGAGGAGGGAGUUCCGUCACCUUGGACCCCGGGCACAGCAGUGGCUUCUUUUGUAUGACCCCCAACAUCAAGCAUCCCCUUCAAAUUCCUUGGUUCUUUAAACUUGGCCACGAACAAAAGCCACACUGUGUGUGUGUUUUUUUUUUUUUUUUAAAUUUUUUUAAUUUAUUAGUUGUACAUAAAUUCUCUUAUGUUUAGUAUUUAUGAAUAUGAGGUGAUGGAAGGUGGAUUUGCCAAAAAAAGGUUCACACACAGAACUGAAUUUGACAACCUCGUUUAAAUAAAUGUAAAAAUGUUGGCUCUUGACUACAUAGCACAAUGGUGGUAUUACAGGAGUGACGUUUCAGUAUGCGGAGAAAUUUGCAUCGGUGUUGAUUUAUACUAUUACGCUUAAAUGAAUGACCGAAACCCCCUUUCUUAAUGAAUUUUUGACUUGAAUCAAAACUUUGUACCAAUUGUCCUUUUCUCACAUUGUACCAAAGACCCCAGUGCAGUAUGUGUGUUGGUUUUUAUGUUUUAUUCGCAACUGUCAUUAUUCUUUUUAAAUCAUCUUUGGAAGCCUUCGAAUAUCAGUGCCAUUGAGAUGUUCGGUUUUUUUUUAGAUGUACUUGAGACCUUUUGUAAAUUUUUUUUUUUUUUUAUUUAUUUUUUUUUUUAGACCAUGUAAAAUUGUCAUCUGCGAAACAAAGAUGUUUCCUAACCCUCCUGUAGCGUCAGCUGAAGGUGAGUUUUAGAUGGCCUUUUAGUUAUAAUCCUAAAGUUUUAUUUCCGGUCUCUCGGUUUAUGGAAGUUUUUCUUUUUUAAGUUUAGACUCUGAUUUUUCCAUCAGGUAACUGAGUGCUAAGUAUUCAUUACAAAUGUUACAUUCAGUUUUUUUUUUUUUAAAACCCCCAAGUAUGGGCAAAUACCGCAAUUUUGGUGUGAGAUCAGUGAUUUACCUGGGGGCCCAGCUCUGUGUAUUCAGAGUUCCUGUCAAAAUUUUUUUAUCCAGUGAGUUUUUAAUGGUGUAGAGAGCGUGGGUCCUGUUUUGAUGCGAGAUCUAUUUUCAUACUUUCUAUACGUUCCAUUUUCAUACUGCUUAAAUAUAUACAUUCCAUUUCACACAAAAA